AUGACAACUCAGCAGGUUUUCAGACUUCCUCGGCGCACAUCCAUCAACGACCUCGUUGUUGAAAAGGAGUCAAUCCCAGAACCCUCAUCGAACGAAGUUCUGGUCCGCAUCCACAGUGUCGCUCUCAAUUUUCGCGACUUCGCUGUCGCAACCGGACAGUAUCCAUUCCCUGUCAAGGACAACGUGGUCCCAGGCUCCGAUCUCUCCGGCGAUGUUGUCAAAGUGGGAAGCCAUGUUGACGACUUUGCCCAUGGCGACAAAGUGAUCUCGUCUUUUGAUCUGAGCACCUUUUAUGGCGCCAUGAAGGACUGGAAUCACAGUCUUGGGGGUUGUGUAGAUGGUGCCCUACGGGAGUACAUUGUUGUUCCAAGAACUGGUGGUGUUUCAAUUACCGGCCUGAUUCUCGCCAAGGCAGCUGGCGCAACCACUAUCUUAACUUCAUCAUCCGACUCGAAGUUGAAGCAUGUCAAGGAGACUUACGGGCCCGACCACGUGAUUAACUAUAAGACAACUCCGAAAUGGUCGGAAGAGGUUUUGAGGAUCACAAAGGGCCAUGGCGCUGACUACAUCUUCGAGAAUGGUGGUGCCGGUACGAUUGCUGAGAGCAUCAGUGCCGUGGCGUACGGGGGCUCCAUCGCCGUUAUUGGGUUCCUUGCGUCAUGCCCACAAGCUAAGAUGCCUGACGUCGCAGCACUCGCUUUGUCCAAGGGCGCAGUCGUGCGUGGGAUCAUGGUGGGCUCUAGGCAGCACUUGGAAGAAGUCACGCGCUACGUCGUUACCCGUCAAUUGCAGGUUCCCGUGGAGAAGGAAUUUGGCUCAAGCAGAGACGAAAUCAUUGCUGCCUUUGAGUACCUCACUAGCGGCAGUCAUAUCGGCAAGGUUUGCAUCCGAAUGGCUUAA